UGCCAGUGAACGUGUACUCUCGCAGUGCGCGCUGAGAAGACAAAACCCCCCACACGGUCAGCGACACCGGGACGAUUCGAAUCGUCCCCCGGCCCACGAAGAUUUCGUGCCGGCUUCUCUCUCCAACCCCUGGCCGUCCCUUCCAGGUUUCAUUUACAGACAAGCUGUGUGAAGCUUCAAGGAUGCUGAUGCCUGUGAUGGAAACAAAAGCGUGUGGUGAAUUAAAAGUCGGCGUCUAUUUCCGUACGGCUUCCCCGCUCGGUUGAUUCCACCGGCUGCGUGUAGACCCGAGUCAGCGAUGGAUGUGGCCGACGACCUGAACCUCUCCUUUCUGCUGGAGCACGAGCGAGAUAGCAUCCUGAGGGUGCUGCAAAAGGACGAGAAGCUGAGGAAGCGAGAGGAGAAGAGGAUACGGAAGUUGAAGAACGAGCUGCUGGAGAUCAAACGUACAGGCUCCCGUCAAUCACGUGAGUCGGCGGAGCGUCAGUGCGCCCGCUGCGUCAAAACGCUGGGCCUAAUCUUCGACCGCGGCGAGCUAUGCGACGAGUGCCAGCAACGCGUGUGCUAUGCGUGCCGAGUUUCAACUCCAAAGCAAAGCCAGUGGAGGUGUAACGUAUGUGCUAAGAUCUCGGAGUUGAAGGUGGUGACGGGCGAGUGGUUCCUGGAGGAGCGAUCAAAGCGCUUUGAGCACAAACUGUUGAGCAGUGACGUGGUUAAGCAAACAAUCCUGAGCAGCUCGGCGGCCACAGAGGAUAGAAAGUCCCAGGAGAACCUGGCACUCCGUCCUGAGACGGGAAGGGCAGAUACACCAAAAUCCAGCAAGAGUUCCAAACAUCUUAUUGAAGGAAUGAGGAAGAGAGGGAGGACGAGGAUGGACAAAGUGGGCAGCAGACCCUUGAGGUCAGAAAACGGCAUCGGCGGCCUCAACAUCAAAUCUGCUUCAGACGGAGACGCUCACAGCGUGCGAAGCGUUUACUCCGCUCCAAGUUAUCUUUCAAGCAGCAAAGAUACACCUGCAGUACUCAACGAUCGACGAUCCAAAACUCUUGACAAAAACUCCCCCGCCAGCAGCAACCGGAGGGUCAGGGUUAGCCAACGCAUCACACGCACACAACCAUGGCACUAUACUGAUUCGUUUCAUUUCAAGGCUUCCUUGUUUGCAUGUAGCCUGACGGAGCAGAAAGUGUUUCCAACUUCCACUCCAGCGGCAGCGCGCCCGAGAAGAAAGCCGCGGGAAAUCAUGGCUACGGCACUCCGACCAUUUCCGUGUCCCAGGCUUCGGUAUCAUCGGGUCGAUCACAGUCGCUCCGAGAUGGACCUUUCCACCGCAGGUUCAGAAAUCAGUGACGACACCAUGAGCCUCAGAAGCCGCUCUGUGCCUGGUCUCAAUGGGACGGAGUUCUCCGACCAGGACGCAGAGGAAGACAUCGACGCCCUGAUGUCAGCCCACAGUCAGACAGCAGGACGCCACCUCAGCAAUGCCGUGUCCACGAGUAGCAUCAGCAGUAUGAUGAGCAUGUACAGCGAGACGGGUGACUAUGGCAACGCCCGCGUCAGUGGCGAGAUCCUGUUGAACAUCAGCUACAACUACAAAACGGGCGCUCUCAAUGUUCUGGUCAAAGAGUGCCACAACCUGGCUACAGGGGACGAGAGGAGGCAACGCACUGAUGCUUAUGUGAAGACGUACCUGCUGCCGGACAUGUCCCGCCAAAGCAAGAGGAAGACAGGCAUCAAAGCCAAGACCAUCAAUCCCGUUUUUAACGAGAACCUGAGGUAUGUGAUCAGCCACUCGCAGCUGGAAACGCGUACCUUGCAAGUGUCGGUGUGGCACCACGACCGAUUUGGACACAACAGCUUCCUGGGAGAAGUAGAGUUGACUUUUGACUCCUGGGAGUUCGAUUCCCAAAUAGAUGAGUGGUUCAGUCUGCAGCCCAAGCUGGAGAGCAGCAUCGAUGCUACCAUGCAGUACAAGGGAGAACUGACUGUGGUGCUGAAGUAUAUUCCUGCAGAGAAAAAUCUCAUGUUGCCUCUGGACCAAGUACAAGUUAAGAAAGGCUUCCUGAAAGGCAAGAAGAAGAGCACCUUCACGCCACCCAAAGGGGGCAUGGUUGAGCUGCUAGUCAAGGGAGCCAAAAAUUUAACUGCUGUCAAGUCUGGAGGAACGUCUGAUCCUUUUGUCAAAGGUUACCUGCUCCCGGACAGCCAAAAGUCCACCAAGCACAAGACAGCGGUGGAGCGUCGGACGGUGAACCCGCAUUGGAAUCACACUUUCACAUACUGCGGUUUGCAGCCAGGAGACCUCAACAAUGUGUGUCUGGAGCUCACCGUGUGGGACAAGGAGGCCCUGGCCAGCAAUAUCUUCCUGGGCGGAGUCAGGCUGGGGGCCGGGACAGGCACAAGUUACGGGAACGAAGUGGACUGGAUGGACUCGUUUGGGGAGGAGCAGCGGCUGUGGCAGCGCAUGAUUGAAAAUCCCGAAGUCCCCCAGGAGUGUACGCUCAUGCUGAGGUCCAGCAUGCGCAAACGCACCACAUACACCGCAUGAGCCCGAAUGGAUUACAAACACAAGACGUGUUUCCACCAAGUAGUACAGUACAGCUUGGAACAAUAAAACCCCAUCUGGCUUGUAAUCGGACCAUGUUCCACAACUCGGUUUUGUCUCAGACUCCAACUUGAGAGUCUCUCACGCAGAGAUGUUGCGAAAUUUUUGCACAGAACCUGCGGAAGGCGGGAACUGCCGCAUCUGUGGGAAAAAAAGUCAUGCAAAAACAAAAUGAUCAGCCAAUAGAAGAGAAAAGAAGAAUUGCUUGGCAAGCUUGGGUUGUCUGGAAAGGAGGGCUGGAUUUGUCAUCAUUGUGGAGCCUCAUUUUAUAUACUUGGCAAUUUGUUUUUAGCAGGAUUGUUAAUACAAUUCUCUGUAGUGUCAAAAGACAAUUUAUUCCUCUUUGCGGGAAUUUUUUUAGCUAUCCUCAAAAACCUCAAGUGGUGUCUUAAAAGUAGUGUAUUUACUGUAUACUACCAUUGUAGCAUGUCGGGGGAUGUAUUUGUCACAACGACAAAUUACAUUUAUAUUUUUGGUGUUUCUUAUUGUAAAUUAAAACCUCGUUCUAAAAUCUUGUUAGAAUAUUACAAUUUUAAAGAGAAUGAAUGCUUGCUAGCAAAGACCGAAAAAAGUAUUUUGCCGAUAUUUACUCUUAGUUUGUUUUUUGUAGUGUAGACGUGUCACAAUGUCCGCACACAUUUGUGCAUCAGAGCUCACUAACCAGAAGGAAACUGAGACUUACCCAAAUUUGCUUUUUUAUACAGGAUCCAGCGAAAGUGGGAUUAUUGCAACAAUUAUGUACAAUUGGGCACAACACCAGGCAAUCAGAUCACAUCAGCACAAUAGCAGCAGAGUGGUAUUUUACUACUAUUAUACUAUUUUACUUUCACACAGGGACUUGCAGGAAGAAGUCCACAGUCCUGGGAAACCUUAUGUGAAACAUGAACAAAAAACCACUAUUUUGGUAUGCAUCACUUGUAAGAGUGCAAACCCUAAAAAUACAUAACCCUUCUAAUUGUACUGCUUGGUGGAAAUGGGCCAAAAGAACGACGUUACAAGAAACUAGCGCAUCUCUUUCCAGUGUCACUCUUUCUCCCCAGUGCGGAACAACCGGUCAUGCCUUACGCUCGGAUCUAACCCACUGCGCUUUUUAAAAAACUUCCAAACAAGAAACACAAUGCAGUGUUGGAUCUGGUUUUAAGCACAUCCAGAUGGGAUUUGUGCGUUUGAAUUAUUUUUAGCAUGUAGAUGGCUAUCAGUCUUUUUUCAAAUACAAGACAUGAGUCAAAGCACUGAUAAAUGUUGGUGAUGAACACCCUUGUCAUCAAGCUAUUUUUGCUGUGAAGCACAUCCUUGCAAGUACAAUGAGUAAAAGUGUUGAGUUAAUGACAUUCUCUCUCGCUAAGAUAGUAUUCCGUUUCCGAAAAGCUCUUCAACAGUAAAGUAGCGACAAUAAAUGCAAAUACAGAGGUGCCUUGAUUUACGAGUGGCCCAGUUUUUCAAAUUACGAGUCAUUGAUUUUUUUUUUUUCCCUUUGUACAAGUUAGCUUGAGAAAACCAAACUGAAAUGCUUACAUUUUUUAGGCAAUUUUUUUGCACAUGCUUAAAUGUAUUUAACUAGUGAAAUAAUUUUUGAACAUUUCAGAACCAGCCCAAAUACUAACUCCCCUAAAAGGCAUAUCCAACACAUGAAUAUAUACUAGUAUGUGUAUACGGUAAUCACCCUUGAUAACCCGUUUUGUUUCUUUGCAUUCUCUUUUCAUUUAUUUUACGUUAUUUUUAUUCAAUACCGGUGUGUUUUUCGUUUGACACAAUAAAAUUCUGUAUUAUUUCUUAGUGGAAUGGUUCAAUAGAAAUUGACUAAGGGUACAAUUGAUUUGAUACAUGGCUCGUAAGUCAAGGUACAAUUGUGAAAUGUUUGGCACCAAAGUUGUAGACGAAUCCAACUUUCGGUUGGUGCGUCAGCUUCCUCGUCAUCUUAGCAUGUUAAAGUUAGCAUUUAGCUCAAAGCACCACCGUGCCUGUAACACACAAGCUCCCCUGGUGCAGUGUACAUAGCAUGACUUGUCUCGACCAUUAAAUUGAAUAAAUUGUAAUUGAUUGAAAAAAUAUUCAUUUGAUGCCUGCUUUGAAAAAAAGAUUUAUCUGGCCAAAUUAAGUAAGCACUUGACUUCCAGCUUUGAUGUAAAUGUAGAUAACACUGUAUCAGUGUGCUGCAUGCUCGUAGAGGGAAAUAUGAACAAAAGAGCAUACAGGAAAUUGAGCACUGAUAAUAACCUCCAUCAUUGCUUGACUGAUGGUGGCGCUUCCAUCGUAGGGGCUCACCACAAAAACAUGUCACCAAAGGAAUGCUGUAUAAGCCUUUUCCUAUGAUUCUAAUGAAUGCCAGUGUGCGUGUGUGUGUAUGUGCGUGUGUGUAUCCCAUUCCAGCACUACUACUACUACUAAUGUGCAACAUGAUUUUAGAUGACAAGCUUGCGCAAAACCCGCCUGCCGACUUUUGACGUACAGUAUGUGUUAUCGUGUCUCAUGUUUCCGACGUGCCCAACCAAUUUCAUCAAAAUAUUUUGAAAAUAAAACUAUUACCUUUUCACGGA